AUGUCCGCGCAAUUGACGUGGACCUUGCGAGAACUCCAGAAGCAGCAACAUGACUCGUUGGCCGCGAUGGACCUCUUGAGGCAACAGCAUGAGGAGUGGCAGCAGUGUGUCACCACUUUGUUAGGACGAUUUGAUGGGCUCCAAGCGUCGGAGCGACUCCAAGCUUCGGACCAGGUACCGGGAGAGAUGAGCGAAUCGGUGAGCGAGAUCAUCUUCUCUCAGAGCACUGAGGUGAUCGCGGAGGAGGUGCGUGAUCCACACUUGGGCCUUGUGCCGAUCUCCGAAGCGACCGAAGGGGAGCAAGGAACAGAAACAGCGGCAAUCGUGAAGAAGUGGCGGCAGACGCACGGCACGGACGGGCGCUUUCCCAAGCUUCUGGAGGAGGUGCUCGAGGCUCGUGGUCAAGCCACGCACAGUAUGACCAUUUGGGGCCACAGGCACCAGACACUGAAGCGGGUUGUGGAAUCAAACGCCUUCGAGUACAUCACUGGUGUGUUGAUUCUGGCAAACAUUGGUUUGAUUGGAGUGGAGGCUGAAAUGUCCUUGCUGCAGAUCGAGACUGCCUGGGCGCAAGACAUCGAAAGGGUGUUUCUGGCGCUUUAUACGGUGGAAUUGCUUUUGCGUUUGGCAGCCGGUGGCCGCAGAAACUUCAAAAGUGCUUGGUUCCUGCUGGACUUGUUUUUGGUUUGUGUCGGUCUGAUUGCCUUGGUCGUUGUGCCCUUGGUGGAGUCAGAGACCAGCUCCCAGGAAGGCUGGAUGCAGCUCUUGAUUGUCAGAGGUUUGCGCUUGCUGCGGCUGGCGCGUGUGCUGAGGACGGUGAAACGCUUCAAGGUGGUGUGGCGCUUGGUCUCAGGGCUACUGUCCGUUUGGGAUGUGAUGGCUUCCACGACCUUCCUGAUCCUCUUGUGGCUCUAUAUCUUCGGCUGUAUCGCUGCGGAAGUCAUCGCCAGCGAUCCGGAGUUGCAGGCCGACAGUGACACAGCAGUCAUCGUUACAAAGAACUUCAGCAGUUUGCCCCGUGCCACUUUGACCUUGCUGCAGUUCGUGACAUUGGAUGGGAUUGCCAACAUUUACUACCCACUUGUCAUGGCGAAGCCCAUCCUCAUCGUGUACUUCUUGCCGCUCCUACUUUUCCUCUCGAUCGCACUCAUGAACCUGGUGACGGCAGUUUUGGUGGAGCAUGCGCUGGAGCAUGCCUCACAAGAGGCAGAGCUCGCUCGCAUCAGGACCAAGGAACAGAUCAAGGCCACCUUGCCGGAAUUGCUAGAUAUCUUCUCGGCCUUGGAUAAGGAUGACAGCGGCUACAUCACACGAGAGGAAGUGGCCAAUGUAUCUCUCCAUGUGCUCCCGAAGACAGUCCUGGAGAAAGUUACAGUUGACAGCAUGGAGGAUAUGUUCGAGCUCUUGGAUGUGGAUGGUGGUGGCAGUUUGAGUCUUGCAGAGUUCUUGGACGGUUUGCUCCUGGUGCUACUCAUGGACAUGCCUAGUUGGGCAGUGCAGUUGCAGAAGUUGGUGAUUCCUAUUCGGAGGCAGACGAUUCAGAUCUCCAAUGAACUGGAGCUAUUGAAAAGAAGUCGUGAUCCGGCUGGGAGGAGUGAGAACUUGAUGGUUGAGAAUGCUCGUGUGUGA